AUGGUCAAAAUACGCUCAAUCGAAGUUGAACCAGCAAUCAUCAACUCGUCUUGCGCGUGGUCGUCCGACAGAGACCAGCUCCAGGCGCUGUAUGACUGUACUUACACUGGCGCGGUCACUACGCGCACGGCGACGAUAGGGGGCUUCGACGAGAAUGAUACCCACCAGGUAGCGUUCGUGAAUGAUGAGGCGCAUCUGACCACGAUAAACUCGUAUGGUUACUCGCCCCACCCUCUAUCGACAUAUCUAGGGGUGAUUACGGACAUACUCUCCUCUGAGAAGACCUCCUUGGUCCCAGAACGCCUCACAUCCAAGCCGUUUAUAAUCAGUAUCACCGCGUCCGAUGCGCCGACGCUCCGCGAAAUGGUCGCCUCCAUCCAAAGCACCCUACGGUACACCCCGGAUGACACCGCCUCGCCCUGGGCCCACCGAAUCGCCAUCGAGCUCAACACCUCGUGUCCAAACAUCUCCGGCGCACCCCCUCCAGCGUACACCCCUUCCGCACCCCCGCUCGUCGAUCUCCUCGCCGUGCUUAAGGAGGAAUUCAAGAAAGAUACGAGCCUGACGAUCGGGCUGAAGCUGCCGCCGUAUGUCUACCAAAGCCAGUUUCACGAUAUCCUCAAGGUAAUCGCGGGAUUGAGCUUCGUUGUGGACGGUGCAACUGUCAAUCCGAUCGCGUUCUUUACUUGCACCAACACGCUUGGCAACACUCUUCUAUUUACCUCGCAGACAGCUACUCCUUCUUCGGGUUCGAAAUACGCGCUGCCCGUACCGCUGGGUGGCCUAGCAGGGCACCCCCUUCACCCUCUAGCGCUGGGGAACGUGCACACGUUUUCCACACUGCUGCAGUCCGCAGCGUUCUCAGAUUUGAAAGACAUUGUGAUCAUCGGUGUGGGGGGCGUAACUGAUAUCAGCGGGGUUCAGAGAAUGAGGGCAACGGGUGCACAGGUCGUAGGCGCGGCAUCUCUGUUUGGAAAGUAUGGCCCCGAGGCGUUCCAGAGGCUGAUUGAUGAAUCCAUUUGA